AUGACGUGGGCUCAACUUCUUUUUCUUCUCUUUCUCGCUAACAUCUCCGGGCUUCAGGCACAAGAGUUGCUCUGCAAUUGCCUUUUUGGAAACUUUCAUCACGUCAAUACUUUCACUCAAAGCCGUCUGUCAAAAGCCAUAUCUCCUCUUAACAUCCUCGGAAUUUCAUGCGAUUCUGACUCCGUCAUCACUCGUCCCUGCACCGGCAUCUGCGUCGAUUUCAUAGUUGUUAGCAAAUGCACCAAUAUCACGGUCGAGGCACAAGUCAAAGGAUGUUCUGAUGACUUGAGCGAUAUCGAUCCAGAAGUACCCCCGAUGUCCUAUUUUGUCGAGGAUGAAGAGUAUCUGACCACUUCUGUAAUUCUGACGGAAAACUCGACAACUUACGUUUUUGAAGUGGAAUAUUGUGGUGACUCAUUUGAAUCAACCACGGAAAAUUGGAAGAAAGAGGAGAUCAAAUCGAACAGCUACGAACUCGAAUACAUCAUCAUGCUGAUCUCCAUUUUUAUCGGCUUCAUCCACAUCCUCGAGCUAAUAAUUCAGGAUUACGCGAGGAUGAACGAACUGGAACUGGUGCACCGCAGAUUGAAUCCUACCAUACAAGCUCGUGGAGAGAGAGCUUAA